CAUACCCUCUCUUUUUUGAUUAUAUGGUUGUUGCUGGCCGCAUUGCAACGAGGUGCAUGUGGCAUUCUUUUGCUGACAACAGGGCAUCAUAUCCUUCACAGUGGCCUCACACAGGCGUCCCUUUCACACCGAACCAGAUCCGUCGAGACCACGGUUUGGUCUCAAACACCACUGAACACGGCGUCCGCAGUUGCUCCCCCGCUCUUCCGGGCCUCACUCCUUGACCCUACCUAUCGCCAACCAUCGACGCCGUUGAGUGACCCCAGGUUGGAGGAAUAUGGCACACUGAGACGGGAUCAACAAAGGAGUAGCUCGCCUUUGCCGCCUCCGGCAGUACAUGGAAAGGACAUCUCGCGUCCGUCGUCAACCAAUCUUCCGUACACGGGCAGUCACUUCUUCAACCAACCACAAUUCCAUGCGAGAAGUGCAAGCUUCAAUCUCGGGCGUGACUAUCACUCCGAACCACGACCAGCACUGCCUGGGCUGUCGGCUUUGACCUCCUUGGCGGCUGCUGCACCUCCUCCAACAGUCAGAUCCUUCUCUAGCAGCAGCUAUGGUUCGCAGAUGAGUUACUCGGGCAGCAUGUCGGGCAGUAUGGGCCCUGCACCAACACCUGGAAUUGCAGGCAAUGCUCCGCCCGUCUGUCAAAACUGCCAGACGUCGACUACUCCGCUAUGGCGCCGCGACGAAGCCGGCUCCGUUCUCUGCAAUGCCUGCGGCCUGUUUCUCAAGCUGCAUGGCCGCCCGAGACCGAUUAGCCUCAAGACAGACGUAAUCAAGAGUCGCAAUCGAGUCAAAACCUCGAGUCAAGGUCCAAAGAAGAAGUUUGAGCAGAAUGGGGGCCAGCCUCCUCAGACCGACAGUUCCAAUGGCAUCAAUCCUCACCGGCGGGUUUCACAGAUGGCAGCAUCUGUCACCUCUGAUAGAUCACACUCGCCCGUUUCGCGCACAGGGACCCCUGGGGCUCACCACGACCCUAACAUCGCUCCUCAACAUGUCUUCGACGGCGUGUCUGCCACGGUGGACUCUCACUACAACGGCAACAAUCACAACAACGGCUCUCCCACGGAUCCGUCUCUCCAUCUCAACCCCACGCAACCCUCCCCAAGCACGGUCUCCAUGCACAACAGCCAACACGUCGAACCCCCCAUGAGUUAUGAUCAACUAGCUGCCCUCAACACGCGCCUCCGCACCCGAGUUUCCGAGCUGGAAGUCAUCAACAUGGUGUACCACGAUAACGAACAGAAUCUGUGCCGGGAACGAGACCGAGCCAUCCAAGAACGCGAAGAAUGGAGGCACAAGGCCGAAGAGCUGCAGCGACGACUCCAAGAAAUUAAUGACCAAGGACACAUUGCUAAGAAGCCACGACUCUCACAAGAACCCCAAGAAUGAAUCCCCUGUUGCGCUCCGAAACACUUUUUCUGGAAAAGAAAACGAAAAAGUGUUUUGUUCUCGGGCAUGAUAGGUAGAGCAGUGCUCCCCCUUUCCACCUUCAUGGUUUGUGUUCUGUCAGUGAUACCCAGAUGCACGAAUUUUCUUCUCUCUGUCGACCCGACCCGCGAGGGUGGGCCGUGCAUAAUACGGUGAAAUGUUGGCGGGUGGGAGAUGGGCUUUAAUGGUUGGAUAGGGCGCAUAUUGGGCUGAGCUUUGUCGGGGUUGGCCAUGAAGGCGACGGCGUCUUGGAGAAGUAGGAACACCAAAGGAGGGCGCUUUGUCACUCCCGGAAAGAUUAACAAUCACGCCGAUAGUUGGCACUGCGGCGCGAGAAUCGAAGCUCGAUUCAGAUUCUCGCUGCCAGGACAGGGGAAUCAUGGCCACAGGCAUGAUGGACGACACAGGGGCAUGCGGAAGGGCUUGUCACAAAAGUUUUGGAAUUCCUGGGAUGACUGACUACUCCUACUUGCUUGGAGGGCCCAUUCUGUCGAUAACCUAAUUCACAGCACGAGGAGCUUCUUGAAUAGAUGGAUGCCUCGCCUAAUCAUCGAAUCUGAAUCCAGAAAUCCAAUUCUCACUGCG